GUACUUGUGUGUACAGCGUCUGUAAAUUGUCUGUUCCUUCACUGGGUGUCAAUACACAGAUCGAGGAAAUGGAAGACGGUCUCAAACAGAGUUUACUUAGAGGUUUAACAUCGAGUCCGAAAUACAUACCUACUUGGUAUAACUAUGAUGACGUCGGAUCGGAACUUCAGUAUCAAUGUACCACAGAUAUACCUGACUAUUACUUGUGUAAAAGUGACCGAUCUCUUCUAGAACACAGGAUACAGGAUAUCAUUCCAAGACUCCCGUAUGAUGUGGCCUUGGUUGACCUCGGAAGUGGAAAUUGUUCCAAGACGAGGCUUGUGAUAGACGAGUUACUUUCUAGACAAGAAACGGUUAAAUUCUUUCCUGUUGAUAUUUCUGAAGAGUUUCUCUUGAAAUCAGUCAAGGACUUAUCAAAAGAAUAUGACGAGUCACUUGUGAUUACUCCAAUCGCUGCUAACUAUGAACAGGGCAUAGAACGUCUAAAACAGGUAGAAGGCCCGAAGAUCAUUCUGUGGUUUGACAGCAUCAUCAAUCAAUCAUAUGAUGACCAGGUCAACACACUCCGGGUGAUUUCUACAAUGAUGACAGAGAAAUGUCGACUCGUGUUUAGUGCUGACGUCACCGUUGAUAGGGAAGCUGUCCUUAAUGCUUACGACGACGACGCAGGAGUGAUGCAGCGAUUUAUAAGUUAUGCGAUGACCAGGCUCAACAAAGACACAGGAAGUGAAAUCAACCUGGACAGAUUUACGUAUGAGGUAGACUUCGUAUCUAACCAUGACCCACAGGCAAUGAGUUACGUCACAGCCUAUAUUCGUGCUAAUGAACAGACUCGCUGGCCGAUUCCUGGACUUGGUAUCGAUCUAUCAAUGGAGAAAGGGGAAUGUCUCUACUUUCACGAAGGUGCCGGGUUUAGUUGUAAAUACACAUUGGAACAGCUAGGCACUAUCGUGGAGAAAGCUGGACUCCGACUAGUAGGAUCGGUGUCUGCUGGACAGCGCCAUGCCGCCUUCUGUAUUUGCACCGCAUCAUGAAGCAAAACGAAGGAAAUCUUGAAAAUUAAGGUUUACCUUCGAUAUAUCCAAGAUUAAGAUAUAGUGUCUGUUGUACUAAGACGAAAGAUUUUAUUUUAGUUGGUACAAGAAGCUUUUGAGGUCAAUAUGGAGAAAGAGGAAGAUAGGGAACUUACACCGUUUAUUGUAAUGUCAUUUGAUAUACCAAAGCAUUGACGCCAUUUUCAAGAAACUACCUGUAAGUUUUGUAUAUUCUUGUUUUCGACUGUUACACUGUUUCAAAUGUACGUAUCUUUGAUAUUUCUCUACUGUUGCUGUUGAAAUGAAAUAAAUGAGAAAUCAAGAGAUUUGUGAGAGAAUAAAAGUCACAAGUUAAUAGGUUCGUUCAAUACAGAUUUAGUAUUCAGUUUUCAGACAAUAUUGACCUGGCCACUAGUUGUUCAGAUAAUGUUGAUGUGGUCAAUAGUUGUUUGGACAAUUAAAAAAUGAUGUUUUA